GCGCUAUUUAUAAGUAAUUAGUAUGAGUCGACGUUGGUUGUUGAAGAGUGGUCGAGGCGAGAACGAUUAGCAGUCCCUGUCGCGAGAAAAUGUUCUAUAGCUGACGAUUUGCAGACACUGUGGAGUCAACGCAGAUCUUUUGCGAGUACUGAGUAAAUAAAUAAAUAUAUGGACGACUUGGGUGAAUUCUGAACAAAGAGAACAACCAUGAUGGAUACCGUAUCCAACCCUAGCGGAGGCCCUUGGGCUGGCGUAGGUCUCGCCUGCGCACUCGGUUUCCUGGGUUUCGCAGUGGGGCGUCAGUACGAGAAAAGAAACAACACGACUAAGGGAAGAACCGUUGCCACUGAGGAAGCAAGUGCAGCCAAAAAUGGAGAUAGUAACUGUGGUGGCGGCGCUACGACGAGGUCGUCAGCGGGAGAGGGUGAUGCUGCGACACCUAGUGGAGCUCUUAAGACGGCGCCCUUUGGGUCCUCCAAAAAGGUAGCUAACAUCCUACGAAGUGAAUCCGAAAACGUUCCUAACCUCAAUGAGAUGCAGAAACUGGGGGAAGGUGGUCCAGGAGAUAAAGAGCAAGAGGCGACACCAGUAGCAAAUACCUUUCUUGGAAGGGAAAUUACAACAGACGAUGAUGUGCCGAGCUCGAAGACUCUGCCUUUAACCAAGAUUAUGGAUUAGUUUGUCAUUGAUACUAGUCUAGUCCUUGGUGCGUGCUUCUGGGCCAGUCUCUCGACACCGAGGAUAGUGUCGCCAUUCUUUAUCAAUCUGGAUCUCUCCAAUAAGGAGGUACUACAACACUGAUCGGGCUCACAGAUAGAAACCUACAACUGCUAAAUAAGAGGCUCCAUGACAUCACAAUCACUCUAUCGACGUUUCUAAUUCCCGCGGCAACAUGAUAGUUCCGCAUUCUCCGUUGUCCCGGCAUCGUUCACUGUCUCGGACAAGCAGCAAUGCCCACGAUCUAUUGAAUGCGAUUUCCGAAACGACGCAAACGGCCAUCAAUUCAAGCGAGAUGACCGAAGAAAAAAAUAGGGAACACUCGUUUUUGCUGUAUUCUCUGUAUGGGACUUACUUCUAUCCGGGAUACCUGUACAACCGGUUCUCGGAGAGGAGAAAUCACCACGACAAGUUGGAGAAACUAGCGACUUUGUUGGGAAAGAAAUAUUUGGAAGCGCAGCGCCUGUUGCAACAGGUGGGUCUUGUGCUAAGGUUCUUGGCAUGA